CCCAACGUGGAAGGUAACAGUGGUCAGGAUGAGUGAAAACAACAUGAACCGUGCCAGAGAGCAAAGCGAACGUCUUCCGUUUAGGAACCAGUCACAGAAUCGUCAUGAAGUUUCCGAACCGGAUGGUGAUAUUGAAGAUAUUAUUAAAAAGAUAGAUGUUCACAGUUUCACUGGUUUGAUGACAAUAUUGGCCGUGAACCUCCAGCAACUUUACUGGCUCAUCAAUGUUGGACCUGAUCUGGGGGCGAUGUUCUACUUUAUGAUUACACUUACGUCAAUAUCAGCAAUUUUGGUGAUUACACUUCUUCCCGUUCGUACUAUUCUGGAAGGCAGCAGCAAAUUUAAGGUUCGUAAAACUAAAAAGUGGAGAAUUUUGUACUACACGAGUUUGGUAUUGAACGUGAUGAUAUUUGUCGUAAACCUAGCCCUACAAAUUUUCGAUCAAACAAUGGAAAAGUGCCAAGUUCUUCUCAACCAACCGUUGCCGAUAAGCGAUAAAACAACUAAAUAAAAUUUCGUGCAGGCUGUUGGCCAUACGGGUACACAUUUAUUGAAUCAUUAAUAUGAAAGUCUUGAAGUUUUGGUUUUGGUUAAAAUAGAGUCGCAGAAAUAAAGUGUAAACGUCGAUACAUAGA